AUGCCAGGAUUAGAUAGGGAAUUGGUAGAACACAGGCUGCCAAUCAAAGAGGGAUACCUUCCAGUCAAACAGGCCAGAAAAAGGAUGUCCAUGGACACAGAAAUGAAAGUCAAGGAAGAAAUAGAAAGGCUGCUCAAGGCAGGAUUCAUCAGGCUAGCCAUCUAUGCUGAUUGGCUAGCUAAUAUUGUACCAGUUCUAAAAAGAAAAACCGGGGCAGUCAGAAUCUGUGUGGAUUACAGAAAUCUAAAUGAGGCCUCUCCCAAGGAUGAGUAA